AAUAAUUAGUGGGUUGCCUUGGUACCGCCCACCUAAAAUUAAAAUUAAAUGUCCGCAUUGUCUUAGUCAUCUUAGUCAUUGUCAGUUGAUUCAUAGGGUCUAUCGCCGCGUAUAUACCAGUAUUUACUAGACAGCAGUGUUCCUUUAUCACAAUGUCGUCCUCUGAAGAAGAUUACACGAGUGACAGUGAAUCCAUUUCAAGUAGCACCUUCAGUUCCUCCUCAAGCAGUGAUCUCAAUUCUAGUAUCUAUGUGGGCCAACUGCCUCCUUUUAUUAACGAGACCCAUCUCCGCCAACACUUUAUUGGCUGUCAUAUCAUCAGUUGCUUUGUCGUAAGAGAUAAAGCGACAAAGAUAUCGAAAGGUUUCGGUUUCAUUAGAUUGGAAUCAGAAGAGGCUGUGGAUAGAGCAAUCACUAUGUACAAUAAAUCGCUAAUUGCCGGGAAGCACUCAAUUGUAGUACGAAAGAAACAGGAAAAGAAGAAAGAUGGGGGUAAAGGGAAGGGAAGAAGAGGUAGGACGAAAGGUUCAACUUCGUCAAAUAGAAAAGGAUCGUCUUCAUCAGAUAGGAAAGGAUCUGCUUCAUCAGAUAGGAAAGGAUCUGCUUCUUCUCUCACUGGCGAUAAUCUCGUUAAAGUUUGGGUUGGUAAUAUUCCUCCUGACAUUACAGAAGACCAUCUUAUGUUGAUCUUCUCUCGUUUCAAAGAUAAGAUGGUUCGACCCAUAGAUCCCAUUAGGGUAGGAGAGAAGAACUCUCGAUAUUCCUUCCUGAGUUUUGGAUCACUUGAAGACUCAAAUGCUAUCAUAUCCGAGAUGAAUGGGGUCGUACUUAGAGAUCACAAACUUGUCCUUCGACCAAGUAAACCCGACCCCAAGGAAAAGAAAGCUAGUGCUAGGCUUCGUCAGGUCUCAGAUACAUGUACUACCUCCGUUUUGCCUCCCGAGCAAAGCAGUUCUACUGUUGUUCAUUUAACUAAUCUCUCGCCAGAGAUCAGCUCAACAGAUUUGAGCGAAUUGGUAUCUGUCGAUUCUUCUAAUGUCUUCAUCAAUUCACGUGCAAACACCGCCUCCAUUGUAUUCCCAUCUCAGCAAGCAGCCAGUGAUGCUGUACAGAAACUAAAUGGACAAAUGUUCCUUGGAAGCACCAUUAGAGCAUUCAUUUCUACUACUGGCCCACCUCCACUUAGGACCAGUAGUAGUACAAGCAGUACAAGUGAUGCUACUCCUAGUAGUGAGUUACACAAUAUAGAUAGUAGUACUUCAAUAAAAGUAAGCAAUCUUCCACUUGGCACAAAGAAAGAAGAUGUGAGGAGUUACUUCAGCUCAUUUGGUCCAAUUAUGAAGUGUGAUAUCGUUAGACAGAGAAGUAAGCAGGCAACCAGUUCUUCUGCUGUCGUUACUUUUAAAACUCCUUCCUCUGCCUCAAGUGCUGUUUCGUUUGAUGGCUAUUCGUUUUUGGGACGGCCUAUGAAAGUGUCACUUAAGAAAGCAGCCUUGAAGGAUGGGAGUAUAAUAAUAGUGUCUGGCCUCUCUUCUGUUACGACUGGAUCUGACGUCUUCCAUUGUUUUAAAUCUUACGGUCAAAUGAUUGGGAAAGUGAAUAUAAACGAGACUCACCCGCGAAGAUGUACAAUCAAGUAUGUGGCAAGAGAGUCUGCAGAGAAAGCAGUUAGAGAAAAGAAUGGUACAGUGUUCAAAGGCUCUGUGCUGUCUGUACAGCACCGUGAGGAGGAGGAGGAGGAACAAGAUGAGACUGAUGGCGAUAUUAUUGAUGAUGCACCCAGUCAGUUACAACCUAAAAGAUUUUCAGAGAAGAAAGAGAUCUCACAAGAAAUGUACGAGCUAUGGGUUGACAACUCCUCCUCUGAGAUUGAGAGCUUUGAGCUAAAAGGAGGGACACAUCAGUACAGCAAAGGGACAUUGAGUCUUAGUGCUGCCUCUCAGGAAGACAUUGAUUUGCUAACAAAGAAGUUAAGCCUCUACAGGGAAAGGAUGCUGGAGUGCUCGGCAGUACAAUGGAAUCAACUGGUGGUAGUGGAUGAGCUUGGAGUUAGUAAAAUGGAUCAGUUGAAGAGUCCUUUUACUAGUAUACCCGACCUUCGUAUCAUUGAGAGGCCUCCUCUGAAGGUGUUGUUUGUGGGGCCUGUGAUGACAGUUGAUAGCGCCUAUUAUCACUUCUUUAACGAGUUUGGGAAAGAACUAGUAGUUGAUAGCCAAAAGAUGGAGGCAUUGCUGGAGAUGAAUGAAGACCUCUGCAAGGACAUCCUUAAGAAAUACCGUGUUCGUGUCCGUGGCUUUUCAACCGGCUCAACAAAACUGACCUUUGAAGGAAACUCAUCAUCUCUACCACUAGCUCGUUCAGCAGUAGAAACUGCAUUAGCUAGUAUCAAACACAUCCCUCUCCCUCCUUCUCUCUCUGCUCCCCUCGUAAGAGCUGGCCUUGGUAUAUGUGAAAAGGAAGGUAUCACUUGCUCUGUUUUCGAACACAAAGGACAGCCCAUGCUCGCCUUUUCCUCUGAAGAUCAUCGUCAAAGAGGAGAAAAGAUUUUCAAAAGAAAACCGUUUACUAAUUUCGUUCGUAUUAAGGAAGGUGAAUCUCACUCAGUUCAGUCAUUAGAAGGCGUCAUUAGUUCUGAUCGUGUCCACAUUGAAUUGAGCGAAGACUCGAUUCUACUGAAAAGCUUCGAGAAGGAGGACGUACAGGAAGCUCGUAAAGAGAUCGAGGAAUUCAUUGGGACGGCUGUCAAGCAAGAGGAACUCUCAUGCACCCAAGAGCAAAAGGUUUAUAUCAAGAAAAAGUUAAACUCGGCCGAAAUUAAAGCAAAGUUCCCAAAUGUCGUAGUGCGGAAAGACAGCGUGUGUAUUCAAGGUACACAAGUAGAUUGUGUGCAGUGUUCCAAGGCACUACUGGAAUUAGUGCCGGAAUAUUACGAUACUGUUAUAAUUCAGUGUAACAGACGCUUUUAUCCUCUCAUUGAUCAGCACAUCAUACAGCCAGUUGGUAUUGAAUGCAUUGUUGCUUAUGAUGGCCAGGGACAGUACAGGAGACGAGGAAGGGGAGGAAAAGAUAAAGAAAAUAGUGGAGAAGGGGCUUCGAACGAAUUAAAGUUAUUUGUGUAUGGUUUCUCAUCUUUGGAGACGUCUAUUGAUGCAUUGAAAAGCGUGUCUCCUAACACUAUCCGUGUUCCCGUUAGCCCAAAGGCCAAAGGAUUAGUCGAGAAGAUGAAAGCUGAUAUUGAAAAUGAUUGCCUGUGCAAAAUUAUUAUAAAUAAUCAUCCAAAUGUUCUAGUACAUAGCCUUGGACAGCAAGAGAGCCAGAGAGCCAAACGCCUCAUUCUAGACGGGAUCAAGAAGCAAUUGGUGAUAUUUAAGCAUCUUCCUUCUCCUCCAAUCCCAGCCCUACACUUGAAGUACCUUAUUGAGAUGUAUAAGGAUAGAUUUGAUGAGGUCUCCGAAGGCCUCGAGCUCUUUCACCUGCCAAAGAAGAGACCGUUUGAUGCAAUUGGCCCAGAUGAGACUGAUUCUAUUAAAGUGAAGGGGACUGGGGAGCAGGUUGAUGCAGUAAAGGACAUGCUUGAUGAGCUGAUUGGAGAGAGUGAGUUUCAUCAAAAGCACUUAUUUCUUCCCAUCACUUUCCAGCCUUAUCUUCUCCGGAUGUGGCGGAAAAGGUGGAAUUGUCUCAAAGCGAUUUUUAAAGAGAGAUUUGACAUUUUGAUAGAGUACAAGUGUCCAGAGUCGAUUGACCCUGGCUCUCAGGUUGAGUUUUGUAUAUAUGGGUUCAAUUAUGAAGCAUUUGAGUUGUUUAAAACUAAACUAGCCAUAGAGCACUCUCAGCCUCUUGUCGUUUCUGAGAUCCCACUCCCGAUUGAGAGAGUCAAGGAAGUCCAUGCGGCUCUUGCUGAGCACAAGCUUGAUUUUAGGGACUAUCCUGUUGAUGUUUACUGCAAUGAAAAGGCUAGGAAGAUUAUCAUCAGGGCUCCUGAUUUUUUAAAGGACGACAUGGAGACCGUUCAAGACGAGAUUGAAAACUUUCUUGAGGAAACGUCAAUCGUAAAGGACAACAUGUCUUUGAUUGAUAUCCCUACAUACCUUCUUUUUACUUCUUCUGAGCAUGGCUACUAUAAGCAGGCACUGUCUUAUGCAAAAGAGACUAGAGUGACGCUACGCUCAUACAGACAUGGUCAGAUUGUGGGCUGUACAUUGACAGGUCCUGCCUUGAAGAUAGAGAUCUUAAAACUCCAGUUGGGUUCAAUUUUGAAGUCGAUUAAACCUUUGCUAGGUUAUAUCCACGUACCAGUAGACCCUCUGGCCCUUCCAUCUCUCACCCCUACUUUCUGCAGUGACAUCAACUCUAAACUCGAGAGUCAGUUCAUGACCGUACUUAUUAAAAUGAGUGGCUCAUCGCCACCUUCUACCCCUCCAAAGCAGCAGUCUGGUGACACUUGGCACUGGAGGGAUAGUGAUGGUUCCCUAGUUCCUCAUUCGGCCUCGGUUUCGAAAGAGCUCUCAGCAGGGUACAAGGCAAACUCUACCAGUAAAUAUAUUGUCAUUGAUGAUGGGAAGGCCAUUGAAGUCGAUUUUUGUUCAAUGGUUCAGACUGAUUUAACAACCGGGAUUAAAAGACAAGUAAGUGUCAGUUCCUCUGGGCCUGUUCAAUGGUACUGGGCCAGUGAUGAUGGUACUAAACUAAUGCCAUACAGUGCAAACGAUUCUGAUACUAUGGAGAAUAAGUAUAAGAUGAAGCAGACUGUCUUUACUAUGACCUUUAACCAACAGCCCUACUUGAUUGAUACUCUUGCAAUGAUACAAAAGAAUAUGAAAACUGGGCGUAGUCGUAAAAUUGAGCGUAAAGCUACUCCAAGUGCUUCUGGUCCUAAGCAAAGCUCUACAGUUAGAUUAUAUGGUCUGAAGACUAAACUGGAUGCUGCCUCCCAGCAUGUUCAGGAUAGACUGUCACAGUGUCUCAAGACUAACGAGCUGACUAAUCCUCUUCUUAGCAAUCCAAAGUUUUAUGCAGAGGUACAAAAGAUUGCUUCAAAGCAUAAUGUCCAGACUAUUCGAGGAAAUCUUGGUCCUAGUAAUGAUAGGAGGGGUGUUCCUCCUGCAAAAGCUGUUGUUCCUCUUGUUGCUGGUGGUGGUGGUGGUUUUGGCAGCUUACUCUUUAAAGGUGUUGGUUUUUGUAUUAAUAAAGUAAUUCAAGAAGUGCAGGAGCGCAUCAUUGAUAGCAAAGCUGCUGCAUCAUCAUCAGAUGUUCCGGCAGAUGUUCCAGCAGAUGUUCCACCUGAAUGGGAGUCUCAGGAAACCAACCUUAACUUAUUCUCUGUUGCUUCUUCCUCUCCUGAAUAUAAAAGGAUUGAGACCUUAUUUAAAAAGACGCUUCGAAACUCUCGAAUAAUUACCAUAACACGGAUUCAGAAUAUGUGGCUCCAUGAGAAGUACAUACAACACAGGGACAGGCUUGCUUUAAAAAAUAAAGGAAAAAUAAAUGAGCGUGAGCUAUUCCAUGGCACGCGUGGUACAGACCCUAAGGAGAUAUAUGAUUCAGAGGAAGGCUUUGAUAUGAGGUUCAGUGCUAGUGGGAUGUGGGGACAAGCUAAUUACUUUGCUUCUGAUGCUAGCUACUCACACUUAUAUGCCCACAAGCACCCAUCAGGAUAUAAUGAGAUAUUUCUAGUGAAACUUCUUGCUGGAGAGUCCUACGAAUCAGCAGCUGACUCUACUCUAAGGAUGCCUCCUAAAAUGACGAAACCCAAGGGAGAGCUACAGACUAGAUAUGAUACAGUGACUGGUACCACUAGAGGAACGAAAGUGUUCAUGGCAUAUGAUAAUCAGAAGGCUUAUCCUGCUUAUCUUAUUGUGUAUGCGGCAUAACCAACUAUUUUUGACUUAUGUAUAAUUAUUGUGUUUGAUUGUUACAGUUAUCCUUAUCAUAAAAGUUUUAAAAUAUA